AUGGUGGAUGAUGGCAAGCUUCGUGGGGGAGACACGCUCUUGGCUAACAGAGGCGUAAUGGUGGUGGUCGGAGAUGCUUCUGUCGACGGUUUAGGUGGCGCGAAGAAGCUGAACUGCAUGGAUAAGUGGCCUCUGACCACGUCGUUGGGGGAAGAACAGAGAAACCCUGAAACCUCUGCAUACAUAGAUGGUGUUGCUAGUUGGGGAACUGGUCUCAAGCUUGGCAAUGACUUAGCUGGUGUUACGUACAAUACCCAUAGAGCACUCGGAAUCACCCUCUUCUGCCUUGGAACCCUUCAAGUUUUUGCUCUACUUUUGAGGCCUAACAAGGAUCACAAAAUCAGAAUCUACUGGAACUUCUACCACUACGCCAUCGGAUACGCCACCAUAAUCAUCAAUAUCAUCAACAUAUUUAAAGGGUUCGAGGCAUUGGAGGUUUCCGAAGGGGAUCGCUACAAUGACUGGAAGCAUACUUACAUUGGCAUUAUUGCAGCUUUGGGUGGUAUCGUUGUGCUUUUGGAGGCUUAAAAACACUCUACUGCUUCGGUUCAAGUCCUAACCGAGGCAGUACAGUCCGAGAUACUGUCUCGAUUCAGAAGCAACCAAGGUGUAAAGUCCUACAAAAAA